AUGCGCCUCAAGGUCCUCUCUGGAAAGCUGGUCGGCAACACGUACGACGUGGACGGGCGUGGCGCGACCAUUGGCCGGUCCGCCGACAACACCAUCCACACAGGCGACGGCGAGCUCUCGCGGCGCCACGCGUCCAUCUGGUGCGACGCUGCCGACGGACGCUUCUACGUCCACGACGUCGGGUCGACCAAUGGCACGUUCAUGAAGCUCUGCGGCGCGUACGCAGAUCCGUACCGUCUCGAGAUUGGCGACCACAUUCUCGUCUCCCAAACCUGCUUGUCCGUCAACCGGUUUGACUAUGGCGUCAACGACAACAUGGGCUGCCGAAAGCACAUGGAAGACGCGCACUCGCUCAUCCAGGAUAUGAACAUUGCCGCGCUCUCCAAAGCAGGCUAUGCCCCGCAGUCCUUCUUUGGCGUCUUUGACGGCCAUGGCGGCCUCGAAGCCUCGGUCUACCUGCACGACAACCUGCACAAGCACAUUAUCAGCGAACUCCAAAUGCGAACAGCCGACGCCGAUCUUUCCAACGCCGCCGACGUGGACGCUCUCAUCGUCGCUAGCCUCACGACGGCCUUUGAACAGACGGACGCGGCGUUUCUCCAGGAGUCGGACCGACCGCAAGCGGGCAGUACGGCGACAACGGUCUUUAUUGCAGGUCGCCGCAUGUAUGUUGCGAACGUCGGGGACUCGCGUACGGUCCUCAGCCGAAAUGGCGCGGCCGUCCGGCUCUCCAACGACCACAAGCCCUCGAGACCGGACGAAGCCCAGCGGAUUCGAGACACGGGCGGCUUUAUCAUCCACGGACGCAUCAUGGGCGAGCUGGCCGUGUCACGUGCCUUUGGCGACUGCGAGUUCAAGACGUACGACACGCAUGGCAGCCAGUCGAAUCUGCGUCUCGAGGACGAGUUUGGCGUCGAGCAGCCGGUCGUGAACCCGAAUGAGAUCCUGAAAGGGCCAUUGGUCAUUGCGACGCCCGAAGUGACGACGACCGACGUCACGGACGAGGAAGAUUUUUUAUUGCUGGGCAGCGACGGCCUCUUUGAUGUGUUUGAGGACCAAGAAGCCGUCGACUUUGUCACAACCCAACUGCGCAAAGGCGGCGACGUCCAGCGCACCGUCGAGGCGCUCGUCGAGUAUGCGAUCGGCACGCAAGGCUCAAGAGACAACGUCACGGCCAUCGUCGUGCUUUUCAAGGACAUUGCGGCCAUGUAA